UCAAGGUUCCGAGUCGUCAUCGCACUUGUUGGUCCACUCCGCGCCGCUAACCUAAUUUGGACUGUAUGAAGAUCGCCGCGGAUUAUUGUUGUUCUCGCCCUCGUCGCUGCUGUUACUGCCGAGAUUGCAUACCACGCGUGUAUAUAACACUCUUCUAUUUUUAUCCUGCGUGUCGCCCUUCAGUGCCCGAGUGAAUGGCGCAACUUCUCUCGCAAUGCCCACCCCCGAGCGCAAAACUGGCCAAACAGCAUGGUCGCGUCGUCAACGGCAACAGCAACACAACUCUCCCUUCAGUCGAGCCCGCCCUGUGACUCUUAACUUAGACGCGUCUUUUAGUCCCAGUCCUGCCGACGAAUCCCCCGCAUGGCACCGGAGGAAGUUCAGCCACACAGGAACCUUCGGAGAUGCCUUCGAGUACGUAUUGCGCGACGACGAAGAGGAUCUUUUCAAUCUUCGACCCACGCGACGUCCCUCACCCCGCACUCGACGCACCUCCAGCGCCAUGUCUUUACAUUCGAAUCCUCCAGAGCUAGAAGAGGCGUAUAGGCAGAUUGAUGACGCCAACAGCCUUACUGACUUUGAUCCGUCCGACGACGAGAAUGCUAUCUUCCGAUCCAAUCCCGAUAAGCUCAAUAGACGAGUACCCACUACGAGCUCACGAAAAGAACACCGGUUGUCCAGCGCCUCGGACGCCAGUUUUACAAGCCAAUCGCCCCGUCGUCGAGUCGUCGACCCGUCCAGGGAUGAGGAGCGCUUGAAGCGGGCCACCACCAGUCGCUCCCCAGUACUAGACAGAUCAAUGCUUGCUACAGGGCCUUCAUCGGAACAUUUACAGCGACGAGAGUCGGAAAAUCGAAGUGUGCCUGAAGAAGACAAUUUUGGCAUAGAGCCAUCAAUGAAUGUGCCGUCGACUUGGGGUAGCAAGGCGAGGCCUAGCCCAAAGUGGAUGGAAAGUCUAAAGCGCAACCGGAUUGGAACAUCCACUGAUGCUGGAGAGACUCCCUCCCGACCGUCAGAUAAACCGAGUGUCAAAAUCAGCGAGCAAAAGCCAGCUCAAAAAGAGACGAACAGAUCCCGCCCAACAAGCUCACACUACGAGCGCCCUUCGCCCCCUCACGCGCCGACAUCACCUAAACAACCCGAGGAGUAUCCGUCUGGAGGACAGCAUAUUCCAAACACACCUAUUUUCACGUUUCCGAGUUCGACAUUCACCAAGCGCAGUCCGUCAAAGCGAGACUCGCAUGAACUGCUUCGAAGGCUUGCGCGGACCGAGAGCCCGAACCAGACUCCGGAACCGACAACGACAGGGAGACGUGUCUAUGACAAAACGCCCGUUGCGCCAGGCGCCUGGAUAGAUACACCAAUGACCCAGCGUGCUCCUCCAUCGCAGCCAAAGGAUGUCGUUACUACUCUACAACCAAGCCCGACCAAGAUCUGGGGUCAACGAAAGCUAGUGGAAAGAACAAUCCAUGAAGAUGACGCAGAGGUCGACACGGGAGAAUUAUUACCGAACUUUGAACCACUAAAGGGGCAAUGGGAAAAGGUAGAAGAACCGUCGAAGGAAACCCCAAACAAGGAAACCCCAACAGAGGAGAAGAGCAUAGCGGAGGAAAAGCGAUCCGAUGAAUACUCGGAAAGUGAAUCAAAUAAUCCCGCGCGCGACCUGGUGAACAAACCACAAGAAGAACCUGCGAUAGCCUUGCCCGAUCAUCCAAAGAGCGCCUUGGAGACGGUUCUGGAGGAUCACAAGAGCAACAAGGAAUCCCUAGACGUGGGUGACGAUACAAUCGAGUCUCUUCAAGCGAUUUUGGAUCAGCAGCCAUCCGAUGACCCUAAGGCAGAAGAGCAGGAUGAUGCCGCCUAUGAGCAGCAAGUCAUUGGCCAGUUGGAGUCCGCGCAGUCCGCACCAUCGUCGGAUAUGAAAGACUUUGAGCGCAUUGAGGGGAAGUUGCAGUCAUUGGCCGACACUAUGGCGCAUCUAAAGACUGGGUUGAACCAGCUAGGAAACCGUGUUUCUCGCGAUACCGAGUAUAUCAUUGCCUCCCUCAGCAAUCCACCCAAAAAGACAGAUCCUAAACAACCUCAAUCACUGAGAAGCUGCGAGUGCGCUUCGAAUUGCGGUAUGGUCAAGUCGAAUAUUCCCCUUCCACGUUUAUGGAAACAGGGCAAUGCUUGGUGGAAGCUCCACCCAACUCUACUAGGAUGGUGUGCCCUCAUCCCACUGAUGUGGUAUCUCUCGGAAUCCACCAUGUGCGACUACUACUGUCAUCCCUUUGUGAGCCCUAAUUGUGCAGGCAACUGCUUAGACCCAGAUGCCCCGCGCUUCCCUUUUGUGAUCCCAACCCUGAUGUGGCGGUGGUUUCAUUUGUCGGAUAUCCUGAUACCGCUCUGGACUCUUCUCGUCGCUUUCUUCAGGUUCUUCACGCAACUACUGGGAUUCUCGGAUGGGUACGUGGAUGAUGAGCCCCCGUCGCUCAACCUCUCAAGCAAGCUCUGGGUCGGAGGCACUCCGAUCGAAAGCGCUACCGCCGCUGCAACCUCGAGCUCGGGCGGCUUUAUACCGCCGUUAUCACAAUGGACAUGGAGACAGGAGACACACGUCCCAGACUCUGUGGCAGAAAUAGAUCUGGGCGGAGUCCCUGAUGAUCCAUGGGCCGAUGUAUCAAUGGACGAAGACGAGUUUCUUUAGCAUGCUGCCUUGUAAUUAUUUCGUUACUUUGAUUUUAGCACUAGCACACUGGCGUUAAGGGCUGGUUGAGGGCAAGGCUGGUGGAACCGCGGCGUUUUUCAAGAGCUAUAUAUCCUUUCCAGCUGAAUCGACAGCAUACUUUUUACAGACGCUAAAGAUCUGACGAUUUUUAGGUAGAAACCGACCAGCGACCAUAGAAUAGCUCACAGGCUUCGAGUGCGGUAUGUAAAUACAAACAGGGAUCCUAAUGGACUGGAUCAGUCUUCACCCGGCAAGGGUAUCGCAUGGCAUCUAUGUAAUUUUGAAGUUUCCCGUCUCUAUAGCUGGUUACCAGCAGUCUUGUCCAGCCUACAACACCCUCCCAG